UUAAAAAAUGGUAAGUGGUAGACAUAGAUUAAUUUUUAAAUCUGUAAAUAAUUUUUCAAAAAAUGAUUCAAUUUGAUUCUGGCCAUUUCAGUAAAAUGAACACAUGCAAAAGAAACACAGAUAUUUUCCACCAGCUCUUGGGAGCACAACUUCUUUGUACUAUCAUUUCUGUAGCAGUAUCACUGAAGAAUGCGUAUCAAAACAGAGGAGUAACUUCACAUCAUGUUAUUUUCGUCAACAUCUACAAGUGUCAUGAUGCAACAGCACAGGCUUCAUCACAGGUAAAUGAAACAAACUGCUGCUUUCAGAUUUCCUCUGAAAGAUAGAUGGCUGCAUUCCCCCAAGAUGUGACAUCCUCUAGUAGAAAGGUUACUACCGUUCUUUCUUCUGGGGAAAAUUGAAACACCUCCCUCAACAAGGCAUAGCAACGCCGAAGUUUGAGACAUCACAUCAUGUGGAUUCUAACUUAGCUGUUUACCAUUCAUUGAAAAAAAGAAUAAAAAAACCUUACUGGUCUGUAUGCCAUUGGACUGGAUAGGCUGGUCUGCACCAGCUCAGAGGAAAGCAUUGCUUCCCAAGAAAGAGGCAAGAAACAUCAGCUGACUGCUGCCGCAAAAAGCUGCUUUUAAAAAGAAGGCAACAUGACAACUACAGACGCUGAUAACUUUUAUAACUUCUCAGCCAUUGAUCCCAAUGAAAUUGGAAGUGACAGUUUUCACAUAUUUACAAGAAUCUUUCUGCCCUGUAUGUAUUCAUUUGUUUUUAUCUUUGGGCUAGUAGGAAAUGCUUUGGUCUUUAUCAUACUAGUUUUCUAUGAGAAACUGAAGACGCUGACAGACGUGUUUUUGCUGAACUUGUCUGUAGCUGACUGGAUCUUUCUUUGGACACUGCCAUUCUGGGCAUAUUCCGCCACUCAGGAGUGGGUUUUUGGCACUGUGGCAUGUCGUGCUAUACGGGGCUUGUAUACUCUGAAUUUGUACACAUCAAUGUUAACUCUAACCUCUAUAACCUUCGAUCGGCUUAUUGCUAUUACUUUUGCCACCAAAGCACACACGUGCCAAACCAAACGAAUGACAUGGGGCAAAUUAAUCUGCAUCUUGAUCUGGGUGAUUUCACUAGCCUUUGCCACACCACAGUUUAUUUUUAGUGAGGCAUUUAGUAUUGAUAAGGCAAUAUGUCAGGAAAACUACCCAAACCAUCGCACAGAACUGGUUCUUGAAGUAAUCCAAGUGACCCUUGGCUAUUUCAUCCCCAUGCUAACCAUGACCACCUGCUACUCACUAAUCAUUAAAACAUUACUGCAUGCCAGGAGUUUUCAGAAGCACAAAUCUCUGAAAAAAAUAUUUUCUGUAGUUGGCACAUUUAUUCUUACCCAGUCACCCUAUACUUUCUUGAGACUGAUAAAGAUCAUAGAUUGGAGCUUUAACUUGAACCGCAACUUUGAAUAUGCAAUCGUCGUGACAGAAGCUUUUGCUUAUUUCCAUGGCUGCCUCAACCCUGUUCUGUAUUUCUUCAUUGGGGUGAAAUUCAGGAAGAAUUUCCAGAAAAUUAUUAAAAAGUCAAGAUGCAUCAAAUGGAAAGUUACUGCUAGACAAGGGCAAACCACUGAAGAUGAAGGCUCUAAAACUUUUACUGCCUCAAAUAAUGCAGAUGCAACAAGCAUGUAUCCGCUAUAAAACUGCCUAGAGAAUAUGGCAACUAUCUGCAGCUUCUUCUUUUUUUUUUUGUUAAUACUGAGAUAGCUAGCACUCAUGAAAGGGGACAGAGAGUCCCAUUAGCAAAGAUGUGAGAUCUGCUUCAAGGCAAUGUAUCUUAAUCAUAAUACUUCAGUGAUUCCUACUUUUUCUAGGAUCCAGAGCUGAUCCUAAAACAAAGCUGGUAACUGAGUUAACUAUGCAGAAGUAUUUCAACAGGUAUAGACAACAAUGACAUAAAACUCCUUUCUUCAUGAAAUAAAGCUGACUUGGACCUCAUGACUCCAGAGAAGCUGGAGGCACUUCCAGUCAAACCUCUGGCCUGCUGCUUUUCCAUGAGGGGCGUUUGUUAACAAAAGCAUUUAUGAGUUUUGUUUCAAAGACAUUACAGAUGUUAGUUCAGCUCAUUCAUUUGAUGAGAAUUCUUGGAUUAAAAAUGUACAAAUUUCAAUCUGGGUUUCAUGUUUGUUUGUUUUUUCCUUCUGUAUUUUUCCAUGCUGGGUAGAAGGUCUCCACACUCCUCCUACUUCUUUAGUGGUGGUGUAAAAUUCCGUAAUAAAACGGCAUAUUCAUCUGCCUUCCCCCAUCAAACAUCAGGUCCAUGGACUCCAUCUCCCAUACACACCUGUAUAUCUCACCUCGGAAAACAGAGCCCUUGUUGCCAGAUGACUAGACUUUAUUUCAGCGCAAGAGAUAAUACCACACCUGGGUUCUCCACAUUCAGCAGUAUUUCCUGAAAUUUGAACUCUCUCCCUCUACCUCCCACACAGUCUUUGCAGCAUAAAAGAAUUCUAGACUUUUUUCCUGGCACCCCCUUGGCACAUGGGUUCCCAGUGCCACAAAGUCAUGGAUCCUUGCACUGCUCUCCUUUCCUGCAUCUGCCACCGCUUUCCAGCUCUGGCCUUUCCACUUGCCGGUGGAAGGCCAAAAGGUGGGCAGGGAGCAGUGCAGGGUGAGGCAAAAAGCGUGCAUAAGUUAUUGCAGAGAGAAACAGAGCACAGGUAGAGACUGGAAUGGGGAAAGGAAAGGAAGAGGGAGGUUGGAGAUGGGCAGAGGGAGGGCUUUAUGUGGCUGCAGGUUGUCUAUGAUUAAGUUAGCUUGGGUCCAGCCCACAGGCUGGAAGUCCUUUGCAUUGCAGCUUUGAAAUACCAAUUUUGACCUGUUCAAAUCAUUUUAGCAGUAACUGUUGUCACUCUGUAUGUUCCUUUUCUCCCUACUAACACUCAGGC